GACCGAUUAGGCUGUUACCCGAAAUGGGGAAAACGGUCAAACCCAAAGUUUCUCCACAUCGACCUUAGCUUACAUCGUCCUCGAUCGGUCGAUCCCAUUUCCUCAGUCUCGUCGGCCGCCUUAAUUAGCCCCUGAAAUCGGCUGCCUUGCAGCCGCUGCCGCCGUGUACAAUCAUUUAUUUUGAGUAUGAUGAUUCCAAAGAGGAAAGUUCGGAAUUAAUACCUUGCUUGCUCUUGCAGCUAUGGAUCUGCAGCCAGCGCUUUGACUAUUUCACUACUUGUUACCUUGAUAGCUAGCGCCGUCUGCUCCUAGAACCAUACUUGCUGAUAUUUAUCCGUGAAAAAGCCACAAUGAAACAAAAGAGAGACGUCCUGCAUUCCGCGAAGCUGCGGAAGUACGUUCUCAUUGGAUUGGUUGUGUCACUCGCUUUGGUCUGUCUAUACAAUGGCUCUUCCAUUGCUCCAGGUCUGUCAAAAGGCUUCGAAACUUUCGAUGAAGGAUCUGAUCCUGUCACUGGAAGAGGGGAUGACGUGGAAGAGUGGCUUGAUCAUCAUAUGGAACACCACCUGGAACUCCCCAAAAGAAUUCCUGCUUGUGAUAUGAGCCAUUCCGAGCUGAUACCGUGUUUAGACAGGAAUUGGAUAUAUCAAUCGAAGCUAAAGCUGAACUUGUCUUUGAUGGAGCAUUAUGAGAGGCAUUGUCCACCUCCUCAGCGCCGUUACAAUUGCCUCAUUCCUCCCCCAGCUGGCUACAAGAUUCCAAUUAGAUGGCCAGCCAGUAGGGAUGAAGUGUGGAAAGCAAACAUACCUCAUACACAUCUAGCACAAGAAAAAUCAGACCAGAAUUGGAUGGUGGUUGAUGGAGAUAAGAUAAGGUUUCCAGGUGGUGGAACACAUUUUCAUGAUGGAGCGGAGAAGUAUAUUGCAGCUAUUGCAUCGAUGCUCAAAAUUCCUGGUGAAAAGCUCAGCAAUGGUGGAAAGUUAAGAAAUGUACUUGAUGUGGGUUGCGGUGUUGCUAGCUUCGGUGCAUAUCUUCUCUCACACAGUGUCAUAGCUAUGUCAAUUGCUCCAAAUGAUGUGCACGAGAAUCAAAUACAGUUUGCAUUGGAGAGAGGGAUUCCAUCUACAUUGGGUGUCUUGGGUACCAAGAGACUGCCUUAUCCAAGCAGAUCGUUUGAAUUGGCUCAUUGUUCCCGUUGUAGGAUUGAUUGGCUUCAACGAGACGGCAUUCUUUUGUUAGAACUGGACAGGUUGCUCCGUCCCGGUGGGUAUUUCGUUUACUCCUCGCCAGAAGCAUAUGCACACGAUCCCGAGAACCAAAAAAUUGGAAACGCUAUGCAUGACCUUUUUAAAAGAAUGUGUUGGAGAGUUGUUUCAAGGAGAGAACAAACAGUCAUAUGGGCUAAAUCUCUGAGUAAUAGCUGUUAUGCAAAGAGAAACCCAGGAACCUUACCCCCAUUGUGCAGCUCUGAUGAGGAUCCAGAUUCCACAUGGAACGUUCUGAUGAAGGCCUGCAUUACUCCCUACUCGCGAAAGAUGCAUCGGGACAAAGGCAGUGGACUAGAACCUUGGCCACAGAGGCUCACAGCAGUUCCUCCUCGAUUAAAAGAAAUUGGUAUUUCUCCAGAUGAAUUUCAAAAGGACACUAGUAUUUGGCAUGCUCGAGUUUUUGACUAUCGGAAGCAGAUGAGAACUGUCGUUACGCAGAAGAACUCUUUCAGAAAUGUGAUGGACAUGAACUCAAACCUUGGGGGGUUUGCUGCUGCACUCAUAGACGAGGAUGUUUGGGUGAUGAAUGUGGCUCCAGUUAAUAAUGCAUCUUCCAGGUUGAAAAUCAUUUAUGAUCGAGGCUUAAUUGGAACUGUUCAUGAUUGGUGCGAAUCAUUUUCAACAUACCCACGCACCUUUGACUUGCUUCAUGCGAACUUAGUAUUCUCAGAGAUUGAGUCGCGUGGCUGUAGCAUGGAGGAUCUACUUAUAGAGAUGGACCGGAUGCUAAGGCCAGAAGGAUUCAUCAUCAUAAGAGACAAGCCUUCUGUUAUAAACCAUAUACGAAUGUUCUUGACAGCAUUACAGUGGGACGGCUGGGUAUCAGAGGUCGAACCUAGGACUGAUGGUCUCUCUUUGGCUGAAGAAAGGGUUUUAAUUACAAAAAAGAAGAUGUGGGAAUAGAAAACUUUUAAUGGUGUGCUGUGAAUGUCUGAUUGCUCAUCAAAAGGUUAGGAACGAAUUGAAGUGAAAGGCCUUUCGAGUAGCAAUUAACAUAGGAAAAUGGAGCUCUUCUGAUUUUGUGAUGAUUUGAGGUCAAGAAUGGUCCUUGAAUCAAGAAAAUUGUGAUUUGAACAACAAAGCCUACUGUGAAUGAGAAAUGUUUUGUUUGUAAAAAACUACCAACACUUCUACAUGUCCCUCACUAACUAGAUAAGGUUUCUAUAAUUACAUGAUGCCAACAGAUGUACAAGCUAAUUUUUAAUUUAUUAGAAACAUAUUUUGAAAUUUAUGGGUCGAAAGUGUUAAAUUACUAUAUCAGCUUGUUUCUGGUUGCAGAAAGAGUACAUUAUUUUGCACUGGACACUAAAAAAUACGUUAACCUGGUUGUGACUUGUGA